UGUAUAUUCACGUACGUACUUAUUACAUGCAGGAUGUGUUUCAACGUCGUCAUUCGAUUGGGCUGAGGCAGUAUCACCACACUCCUGCUGCUGCUGCUGCUGCUGCUGGUGUGCAAGCCUUUGGUUUAAUCCUUCCCCCUGGUGCCCCCAACACGAGUUCUGCGACCCCGAACACGAGUACCAAACCGGUAACUGAUCUUCCAGUGUCUCAUCAUCGAAUACUUAAUCCUGGUAUGAUUCUCUUGAAGAAUCACAUCACCAUCAGGGACCAGGUUGAUAUAGUUAAAAUAUGUCAUACGUUGGGAGUGGGUCCCGGCGGGUUUCAGCAGCCGGGUUACAGUAGCGGAUCUAAACUUCAACUACAAAGGAUGUGUUUUGGUCGAAACUGGGAUCCGGAAACAAAGUAUAGAGAACGUUACCGAAAUGAUGGUUCUAUACCGCCCCCCGUUCCACCUCUAUUUAUUCCAUUGGUUCAAAGUUUAAUUCAAGAUGCUCAAGCUCAUUUAACCUCAGCGAAUGAAAUUCCUUUAAUGCGCCCGGAUGUUUGUUUGGUCAAUUUCUACACGGCCACUGGUCGACUUGGUCUUCAUCAGGAUCGCGAUGAGAGGCCUUAUAGUAUCCGGGGAGGGUUGCCUGUGGUUUCGAUCUCCAUUGGUGAUGCUGGAGAAUUCUUGUAUGGUCAUACUAGAGAUGAAGACAAGCUACAGAAAGUUGUGUUGGAGUCGGGUGAUGUUGUGAUAUUCGGUGGCAAGUCUAGACUGAUUUUUCAUGGGGUGAGGGGAAUCUUCCCGAAUACAACUCCUUUGCCGUUAUUGGAAAAGAUCAAGCUCAGACCGGGCCGUUUAAACCUUACGUUUAGACAAUUCUGAGCCUGCUCAUUUUGCUAGUAGCAUAUGGAAGUCGAUUGACCUUUAGCUAUUUUGUGUCUUUUUUUUUAACUCUUGUAGUUGACCUUUGUUUGGGUUCAUUUUAAUGAGUUGAUGCUCAUUGUAGGUUUUGUAGUUUGUAAUUGCUGGAUAACUCUUUGAAUCGUUUAAAUCACUCUCAAUUCAAAGUA